AUGCCACCUUCAUCACUUUCAUUCUCCAGUGUUUUGCUGCUCCUUUGGUUCAGCCUUUUGAGCACUCAACCCACCAAAGCCGACACAUCGUCUACCCAGGUCGACUUGACAAACGUCCAAGGCGACAUUAUCCUAGGGUUACAAAAACGCUACGAAGCUUUCUGGUUUUGCACGUUAAAAUCAGAACAAGGAUCGAUCGAAAGUUUUCGAAAAGAUUUGAAAACCGGAUUACUUCCGUUGAUCACCACGACACAGGGAGUGAUUGACGCUCAAAAUGAUAUAGAUAGCUAUCGGCGAAACCGGACAGAUGGCGAAGUAAAAAGAAUGUUGCCUAUUACGCAUGUCAAUCUUGGAUUCUCCUAUGAGGGAUUGAAGAGGUUGGGCCUCAAGACAGAGCAGAUUCCGACGGGAAAGAAUGAAGUAUUCUCGAAAGGACAGAAAGUUGAUGCGCUGAGAAACUUGGGGGAUCCGGUCGACCAAGCAACCAAAAAAUUAAAAACUUGGUCUGAGGAUUUCUUGGAUGAAGUUAACACGAUCGAUUUCGUCAUCCUGGUCACUGCUCCGAACUCGAAUUUGCUUGAUCGGAAAAUGAACCAGCUUGGCAAGAUGUUCGGCGGAUACUUGUCGAAUUCUUUUGUUCGUCAAGGAAAUGUCAGACCUGGCGACCAGUUUGGUCAUGAGCACUUCGGCUUCAAGGACUCGAUUUCGACGCCGAAGAUUGAAGGUAUUAACGCCCAACCAGAAGAUAAAAGGGCAGGAAUAGUUGAACCGGGGGUGAUUCUACUCGGCCAGCCCACAUCGGCUGGGAACAGCAGUGUCCUGGAUCCCAACCAGGCGUGGAUCAAAGACGGGUCGUUUAUGGCAUUCAGAGAACUCCAACAACUUGUGCCGGAGUUCCAGAGCUUCUGCGACGAGGCUGCUCAAAGUUUCAGACACCUGAACGUAUCUGGCGAUUUCAUUGGCGCUAGGAUCGUGGGCAGAUGGAAGUCAGGAGCUCCUCUUAGCUUGUCUCCGAAUGAGGAUAAUCCGGAACUGGAAACGGCACAAGAUUUUGACUAUUCAGAUGAACCUAUGCUUCUCAUCUCAGACGUCCAGAAAACCACGUCGCCUCACCUGAUGAUUAGAAAUGGAAUUCCCUAUGGUCCCGAGGUCACAGAGCAAGAGACAAACGAGAUGAAAACGAAAGAAAACCGAGGAUUGUUAUUUGUUGCUUAUCAGAGCGAAAUAGCGGACGGGUUCCAAUUUGUUCAGAGGGCAUGGUGUAAUAACCCUCGCUUCCCACAACAACCGGCUGCCAAUGUAACCGCUGGAUUGGACUUAUUGGUCGGGCAAAUCAGCGAUGAGUCGCCACGAACCGCCCAAAACAUUAUCCCAUUGCUCCCAGGAGGGAAUACCGAUCCUAACAACACGUUGACUGCCUUUCAGCCAUUUAUCGUGCCUCUUGGCGGAGAAUACUUCUUGAUGCCUUCGAUCAAGGCCAUAAACGAGACACUCGGCCUUUGA